GCGGUUGCAGAUCCGAGAUCUGAGCUACUGUGCUCCAUCGAUAUGGAAAUCUUUAAAGACCCUGUAACGCUGCCGUGUGGGCACAGCUUCUGUCGGGAUUGUAUCACCAAAACAUUUGACCAUCAGGAUAAGGAUGACCUUAGAUGUCCUGAAUGCCAGCAGAGGUUUAGCCGAAGACCUGGACUGAAAAUAAACUUUCGGCUGAGAAAUAUAGCGAAGGCAUGUAUUCAACCUGGCCAAGAGGCAACCGGGAUUCUCUGCACCUUCUGUGACUUUCCAGUUCCUGCAGACAAAUCCUGUUUGCAGUGCGAAACCUCAAUGUGUGGUACACAUCUGACAAAACACAACAUGGGGACAUCGGAGCACACUUUAUUACCCCCAAGCACUGACCUGAAGAACAGAAAGUGUCCUACUCACAAGAAGAUCCUUGAGUUUUACUGCAUGGAGGACAGUGCUUGUAUCUGUGUGUCCUGCAGGUUGGAUGGAGAUCAUAAGGGACACAAAGUGGACAUACUUGAUAAAGCUGCUGACCAUAAGAAGAAGACCCUGAAAUCUGAAGUAGAGAUGCUGAGAUCACUGCAAGAGGUAAGGGAACAAAAAAUCCAGAGUCUGCAGAAGAGUAGGACCAGACUGUAUAAGAAAACUGCAGUUGUGUCUAAAAGAGUCACUGAUCAAUUUCAGAAUUUAAGGAAAGAACUUGGGAUUCUAGAACAGAAAGUCCUGAGCGAGAUCCGCAGACAGGAGAAGAUAAUGUCAGUCUCCAGUACUCAUCUGAUCCAACAGCUGGAAACAAAGAACAAGGAGCUGUCCAAGAUGAUCGGCGACAUGGAGACGCUGAUGAGGACAACCGAUCCACUGGCCAUCCUACAAGAUCAGGAAUUUGAGAAGGAUGACACCAGCAACCGUGAAGAGGACACAGAAAUAGAGGAAAUCCGAGGUCCAGGAGAUUUACAAACAGACACAAACCUAAAAUCUUUAUUCGAAGAUGUUUAUAAUAUUGUAAAAAGUGUAGAGAACGGGAUCUUUAGGUAUGAGCCCACAGACAUAACACUUGACACAACAACAGCCGGUAAGAAUAUAUACAUCUCCGGGGACUUAUGUAAAGCACAUGUUACAGACCAGAGCUACCCCGAAACACCGGACAGCUUUGAGUAUCCUACGGUUCUAAGUAUAGAAAAAUUUAACUCUGGAAAUUAUUACUGGGAGGUGGACACUGGUGAGUCGGGGGAGUGGAGGGUUGGUGUAAGCUACUCCAGCAUAGCCAGGAGAGGACGAGAGUCCUUGAUAGGAGACAAUGACAAGUCCUGGUGUUUGCGCAGGUAUUGUAAUCAAAUCUAUGCAAGACAUGACUGUAAAGACGUCCGUAUACCAAACAGUACAUUAGAUAAAAGACUGGGUGUAUAUCUGGACUAUGAUGAGGGUAAACUGUCCUUUUAUCAAUGGACAGAUGGUCUGAGACAUUUGCACACCUUCACUGCCAAAUUCAGCGACAACCUCCAUGCUGCCUUUGGCUUUGUGGCUCGGUCAGGCGAACUAAGUUGGGUGAAAAUAUUUAAAGGAUAA